AUGGCCACAGUACACAUAAAAGGCGAAAUCAUACCUUUUAAUCGAGAUGUAAUUCCAAGAGAAAAAUUCUGUCCUGAAGCUCUUAAAAGAUGGGAUCUGCAAACACAACGUGCCGGAUGUCCAGAUCAUGUAACUGCGGAAACAUCUGUUGUUUCUGAUCUUACAGAGGAUGUAACUGCGCCCACCACCUCUGGCAAUUCCAACUCUACAGAGCGCAUAACGUCGUCGACGAAUGGAUCUGUGAAUCACGAAGAAGUCGUUGCUUCAUCGUCCUCGAAUAUUUCGUUUGAGUCGCUUUUACUAUCUACUACCCCUCCUGUGAAACCAAGUAAGAAAAAGCAGCAAAGUGAAAGUUCUUCAGAAAAUAAAGACCCAGAAGGGGUCUCAGUCCAGAACUCUGACAACGACAAUGAAUUUUUAGCCAACUUGAGAAAUCCGUCUCCAGAACCUGAAAUUAUGGUAGAACAAUUUCCACAGAUCAACAAAUGGGUACUUGUGGAGUAUUCCACAAAGAAGACCAGAAAACAUUAUGUCGGACAAAUAACCGAUCGGGAUGAAAUGGACAGGGUAAUAAAAUAUUUGCGACCCAAAGGUGGUAGGUUUAUAUCACCACAAGUAGAUGACGUAGAUACAGUUGAGGAAAACAAUCAAGUGUUGAAGGCUAAAGUGCUGAAACUGGAAAAUGCUCUUAGUAAACAGUACGCAAAUAAUAUUAAAAACAAUUUAUGCAUUUCUGGUCUGUCUGGUAACGUAAAAGAUAAGAAAUCUGCGCCAGUGGAAUUAAUAAAACUUUUUACUUCAUUAAGUGUGCCAGUGAAAGAAGAAAAUCUCGAAAGUGUUAGGCUUUAUGAUACUCCAAAUGGUCCUAAGAGUUUAUCCGACUCAAUGAAGGUAGCUACUGUAACGCCUAUUCCUAAAAUAAAUAAUCCUGGUAGUUUUUCAGAUUUAAGACCCAUAAGCCUUUUACCUACCUUGUCAAAGAUAUUUGAAAAGGCGAUAUACAUACAACUUGUUAGUUAUCUGAACGAUUCGAACCUUAUACCGCCCACUCGGUCAGACUUUCGAAAGGGAUAUAGCGCAGCUUCUGUGUUAUUAAGUGUGCUUGACGACAUUAUAUCUGCAGCUGAUGAAGGCCGAACUUCUGCUUUGAUAAUGCUGGAUUAUAGUAAGGCAUUUGACGCGUUGGACCACAUCUAUUUAGUUGAUAGGUCCCAAUUUGUUUCGAUGAAUGGUAAUCAAUCGGAGGCAAAGUUUACUACUAAGGGCGUUCCUCAGGGAUCCAUUCUCGGUCCGUUACUUUUUAUUAUAUACACCAUGGACAUAGCAGUGGACGAUAACCACUGCAAAAUGCAUAGAUAUGCCGACGAUACCCAAUUACAUUUAAGUUUUAGAAAAUCAGAAGCAUACGAAGCCCAGAACAAAGUUGAACAGUGUUUAGAAAAAAUAUACACUUAUUCCAGCAAGAACGGGUUAAAACUAAAUCCGACAAAGAAUACACCACACGCCCUUACUAACAAAAGCCCCGCAGAAUUAAUGUUCAACAGACGCUUACGCUGUAAAUUAGAUUUAUUAAUACCUAAAAAUCAAGAGAUUAUAUCAGAUAAAAUUCAAAAACAAGUCGAGUAUAAAAAUAGUAGUGUUAAAAAUUUUAAUUUAGGUGAUAAGAUUUUAUUAAGAGACUUUAAAAAUCCUGAACAUCCUACCUGA